AUGAAUUCAUCAAUACAUCAACUUACAAAUCUUAUCAUUGAUACUUCAAUCAUUGUAAUGUCUUCAUUGACAAUUUGUCUAUCAUUCGGAAUAUUUUGUUUUAUUCUUUAUCAUUUAAUUAAACGAAAACAUUCAGCUAAUCGAGUAGCACUUCUAUUAAUUGGUAAUAUGUAUUUAACCUUACUUAUAUUUUGUAUUUUACUAUUAGAACAAUACACUCGUGUUAUUCAAGGACAUCUCUAUCUAUUAAUUUCUUUAAAUGAUGGAAUUUAUUGCCAGUUUCGUGCUUAUUUUGUCUUAGUUUCCAUCUGUACAAUAUUUUAUUCAAAUACACUUCAAGCCAUUUAUCGUCUAUGUCGUGUUGUUUUCCAUACACGACAAUCUCUUCAAUCAUUUCGACUUUAUCAAAUUCUAAUUCUUAUUCAAUGGAUCAUUUGUUUUCUAAUGAUAAUUCCAACAUUUGUACUUGGUGAUUUCAAAUAUUUAGUCGAUGAUUAUCAUUGUCAAAUUGAAUAUCAAAGUAUGCGUAGUACACUUCUCAAUGGAACAUUAGCUUAUAUGAUUCCUAUGAAUACUACUAUUGGAUGUUAUAUGUAUACAGUACGAAAGAUGCGACAAGGAAAUAAUAGCUUAAUUCAUACAAUGACACAUAUACAACAAGUAACGGCUCGUCGUGAUUUAAUUGUUUUAUUUCGAAUUUGUAUUCUUCUUGGAUUAUUAAUGGCCUUUUUUAUUCCUUCAACAAUUAUACUUUCAAUCUAUAAUUUUACGGGUUAUCUUCCAUGGUGGUCAUCACAAAUUCAAUGGUUAGUUUUUAUUACAUCAAUUAUGUGUGUAACUAUUGUUUUAGCAUUCAUAUCUCCUCAUAUACGACAUUUGUGGACAAUAAAGUUAUUUCAUCAACGUGCAAGAAAUACAGCAAAUAUUGUACUGUAA